AUGAGCACAACAAGUACCGCCCAAGAUGCAUCAAAUGGUGGCGGGAACGGCCGGCAGCCGCAUGCGCGCGCACGCAGAGUACUGAUGUUCCCGCUGCCAUUCCAGGGCCACAUCAACCCGAUGCUGCAGCUCGCCGACGUGCUCCACGGCCGCGGCCUGGCCGUCACCAUCCUCCACUACACCGGGUUCCGCAACACGCUGGACCCCGCGCUCCGCCCGGAGUUUGGUUUCGUCGCCGUGCCCGACGGCGUCCCCGCUGACGUCGUCGCGUCAGGGAACGUCGUCUCUAUGAUCGUCGCCAUGAACACAACCAUGGAGGCGUCCGUGGCUUUCCGCGACGUCCUCGCGGCGGAGUUGGGGCUCGCAGGCGAGCGGAUGCCCCGCGCCGCGUGCCUAUUCGUCGACUCCAGCCUCUUCGGCGCGCAGAAGGCGGCCGAGGAGCUCGGGCUGCCGACGAUAGCGCUCCGGACCGGCAGCGCAGCCUGCUUCAACUGCAUCCUUGCCUAUCCCAUGCUCCACCAAAACGGCUAUCUGCCCCCCGAAGAAUCGCAACUCGACAUGCCAGUGAAGGAGCUUCCCCCGCUGCGCGUGAGGGACCUCUUCCUCUCGAGCAGGGCCGACCAUGACAUGUUAUCCAAAUUUCUGGCCAAAGCAACCCAUGCAGCAAGGAGCUACUCCGCCCUUGUGCUCAACACAUUCGAGGCACUAGAAACAGACGAGCUUGAGAAGAUCCGCGACGAGAUAGGCAUCGCCAUGGUGCUCGCGACCGGCCCUCUCCACAGGCUCUCCUCCAAGACCGAGGACACAGCAGGGAGAAGCAGCAAUGUGCUUCCGCACGAGGAUCACACCUGCAUCGAGUGGCUGGACACGCAGAUCACGGGGUCGGUAUUGUACGUCAGCGUUGGGAGCCUGGCGUGCAUGGACUCCGGUGAGCUCUCGGAGGUGGCGUGGGGGUUGGCCAACAGCGGCCAGCCGUUCCUAUGGGUCGUUCGGCAAGACCUCGUGCCGGGAUCGGACGGACCAUGUCUACCGAAAGGGUUCGACGAUAUGGUGAUGGGCAGGGGUAGGGUGACCCCGUGGGCCCCACAGCAGGAGGUGCUGGCCCACCGUGCGGUGGGCGGGUUUUGGACCCACAACGGGUGGAACUCGACGCUCGAGAGUGUAGCCGAGGGUUGCCCCAUGAUCUGUAGGCCUCAGUUCGCGGACCAGAUGAUGAACGCGAGAUACGUGGAUGCGGUGUGGGGCAUAGGCUUUGAGCUCGAAGGUGAGCUGGAGAGAAACAAAAUUGGGGAGGCCAUUCUGAAGCUUAUGAAGGGGAGCGAAGGGGAGGCGAUGAGAAAGAGAGCGGGAGAGCUUAAGAAGAAAGUAGCGUCCUGCUUUGAGAGUGGUGGGUCUUCUCUACUGGCCAUCAAUGAAUUGAUUGACCAUGUAUCAUCUUUAUAG